AUGGAUUACAGAAAGACAGUGCAUGUUCCUCAGCUUAGCAACGAAAUGCAGCGGAAUGUUAUGAACUGGGUGAAAUCAGGCAAAAUGAGUAUCGAUGAAGCUCUGAUUCGGGCUAACAAUGGCAUGUUACACAAGCAGAGGAACUUUGAGCCGGAGGAAAAACAGUCACAGUACAACUUCAGUGUCCGCAAGUUCAACCGCUAUAUAUGGCAGAAACGGGUGCUGCAGAUUGAUUUCAGCACAAGCUUUUUGUGCAGCAUUGAGAAAGGCAUUGUGAAACGGCAGCUCUGUUUUUCUGAGGUGAAAAACUGCCAUGAUGCUCCGGGUACCAGGUUCUCCAUUUCGUUUAGAGAUCGGUCUGACUAUGAGCUGGAAGCUGCGUCCUUAGAGGACAAGCAGCAGAUCAUGCAGCUGGUAAAUCAGAUCAUCUACAGUAACAUAUACAGCCCUCUUGUGAAUGGGUCUGUGGAAAUGGAAUCUUCACCCUUGCCUCCACCUCCAGACAACCUCAAAGAGGGUCACAUUUUCCUGCAGAGAGGAGGACUGGCAUCAUUCAAAUGGAAGAAAUACGAGGCUCAUCUUCAGACUGAUCAGCUGACCUUGUUCCCAGUCGCUCAGCAGUCUGCCGGCGGUGAUGCAGGCUCGUCUGUUUCCUCUUAUGAGUCUGUCUGGAGUCACUCAGACAUUUACACCAGUGUGGAUGAUGUCAGGUGUGCUGGGGGUGACGGGACAGCUCUUGUCAUCCAUCUUUCAGACGGUAACGUCAGGGUGGACAUCCCCUGCAACACAGAUACCUUCACGCUGCACAACGACAAGAAUGACUUUGUGUUCCGAAUACCAAAAAGUGACCAUAUGACCCCAGAGGCCAUAACAAAUGAGCGAGAUGCCUGGAUGAAUGCGAUCAAACAGCUAUGUGUGGACUGGAAGCAAAAGUCACAACUUGAACAUUUCUAUGAAGCCCCUGAAAAAGAUCUCACUGAUGUUACAGAGUCAGAAAGUAAGACACAGAAGAGCCACGUGCCACUCACACCUCCACCAGUGCCACCUUCACUGAGACCACGCUUGCCCAGAACAUCCCCGAAUGUUCAUGCAGCUUUUCCAGCAGCACCAGAGCCAGAAACCGCUUCCCUGGAAGCAUCAGAAGCAGAACCGAAGCCAACCGUUACUGCACAGAGCAGAGCUGUGCACAAGCCUGACCGGACGCCCUCACCAGCGGCCACGUGCUCAUCACCGGCUCCGUUUGUUUUGCCCCCGCCGUUGCCUGUGCCGUCAGCAGUGCGAGGUCCUGUUCCAGCUGCCCCUUUGCCCCCUCCACUGCCCAUGAAAUCUAAACAGCUUUCAGAGAGGACAAAAGCUUUUCACUGGGACCUGCUGGCUCAGGAUAAGAUGGAGAAGUCGAUGUGGUCUCGCAGUAACCCCAGGAAGAUUGAAAUCGACACCAUGCGCUUGUAUGAGCUGUUUGGAGUGAGAGAGACGGGCCGUGUCGGCACAUCAGAGUCCAUCAGUACUAUGGAAAUCAUGUUGAAUUCAAAGAUCGCUCACAACUUCAAUAUUUUCCUCAAAAGUUUCCCUGUGCAACCAAAAGAGCUCAAGGACAAAUUGUUGAUUAUAAAUGAAGAGGAAGGGGGUCUCUCCGACGAGCAUAUCGCCUCUCUCAGGAGAUACGUGCCCACUCCAGAUGACAUUGAGAUGUAUAAAUCGCAUAAAGGAGACCCGAGUGAGCUGCAUGUGGUGGACCAGUACAUGAUGGAGAUGUGCAACAUCUCGAACCUCAGUGCCCGUCUGGACCUGCUGCUCACGAUGCGAGAGCUGCCCAUCUGUAUGGAGGACCUCACGCCGCUGAUUACCCAGAAGAUCCGCAUGUGCCUGCAGCUGUGGACUUGUGACUCAUUUGUCAGCGUGCUGGAGUACCUUCUGGUCUUGGGCAAUUACCUCAACCAGAACACGGGCAAGGACAGGGCCAAGGGAUUUCGCCUCUCAUCCUUAACUAAGCUUUCUCAGCUGCGUGGGAACAAUCAGAAUUUCACCUUGCUGCAUGCCCUUGUGGAGCAGAUCAUGUUGCGAGAACCACGUUUGGCCACCUUUUUCCUGGAGCUUGCGGAAUUUGAGACUGUUCCUGGAGCUUCGGUUAAAGGUCUGACAGCAGAGGUGGACGUAGUGAAGAAUGAAUUUCAGAAGAUUGUCCAGUACAGGAAAACAUACAGUAAAAGUAAAAAUGAAGUCAAUCAUCAAACCAAAUUCUUCAAAGACUUAAAGGCGGCCAUUGAGAAGCAUGAGGCUGAUCUCAGACAGCUGAUGAAGAGGAGUGAGGAGAUGAGGAAGCUCUACACUGACAUAUUGAUAAAAUUCGGAGAGCCUUUGGAUCAAGACUCCCAAAAAAUUUUCGGAUGGAUUUUCCAGUUUGUGAAUGACUUCAAGAAAGUGUACUCUGAAUACGCUCAAUGA